AUCGUGUCUUAAUUUAUUUAAUUUAAUUAGUUUUUUCACUAAAAUUAUGGCUUUAACUCCUCUGUAUAAGAAAAUAAUAAACCUAGGAUUAACUGUAAAAAGUGGGCCCAUAAGACUGAGCAUUAGACAAUAUGAGAUACCUGAACAUUUGAAGAAAGUUAUGGAUGAUCCCAACCCAAGUUUCUAUAAAAUGGUAGAAUAUUACUACCAUUUCGCUGUGAAGGUUUGUGAACCUACGUUGGUGGAAUAUUUGAAAAAACACACACACUUUUCGGAUAAGAAACGACAGCAAAGAGUUGCUGGUAUUCUUAAGGUGAUGGGCUCCUGCAAUAGUUCGUUACAAUUCGAGUUCCCGUUGCAACGAAAGAACGGUGACUAUGAGAUAGUUCACGCGUAUCGCUCGCAGCAUAGCGUUCAUCGGUUGCCUUGUAAAGGAGGAAUCAGAUUUUCAGACCAAGUAGAUUUAGAAGAAGUGAAGGCUCUCGCCGCUCUCAUGACAUACAAGUGUGCCUGCUCUAACAUUCCCUUUGGAGGGGCUAAAGGAGGUGUCGCUAUAAAUCCAAAAAAAUAUACAGUAGCAGAAUUACAAAGGAUAACUCGACGAUACACCCUAGAACUGGCUAAGAAGAAUUACAUCGGAGCUGGAAUAGACGUCCCAGCUCCAGAUGUAAACACAUCGGGCAGAGAAAUGUCGUGGAUUGUGGACACCUACAUCAAAACUUUGGGCUACAACGACCUAAACGCGGCAGCAUGCGUGACGGGCAAGCCUAUCAACGGCGGGGGGAUCCACGGGCGCGUGGAGGCGACCGGCCGCGGGGUGUACAUCACCACCAGCGAGUUCGUGCACGACCCGCAGUGGUGCCAGCUGAUCGGCAUCGAGCCGGGGUUUAAGGGUAAAACAGCGAUCAUCCAAGGUUUCGGCAACGUGGGCAGUUGGACCGCUGUCUAUUUACAGGACAGUGGUGUCAAGAUCAUCGGUGUGGUCGAGUUCGACUGCUGCCUUAAGAACAAUGAGGGCAUUCAGAGUAUGGACUUGAUGGAAUACAAAGCAAAGAACAAAGGCAGCGUUAAAGGCUACCCCGGAGCGCAGGAGUGCGGGCCCGAGCUCAUGUACGAGAAGUGUGAUAUUCUGGUCGUCGCCGCGUUAGAGAAGACGAUCACUUCGGAAAACGCGUGCAAAUUUAAUUGUAAGAUAAUAACAGAAGGUGCGAACGGUCCGACCACGCCCGGCGCGGACGCCAUCUUGCGUGAGAAGAGAAUCCUCUGCUUACCCGACUUGCUGACCAACGCGGGGGGAGUCACUGUGUCGUACUUUGAGUUUCUGAAGAACUUGAACCAUGUCAGCUUCGGGAAAUUGUCUAUUAAGUUCUGGCGGGACUCGAAUACUGCGCUGUUGGAUUCCGUAGAACAAUCGCUGAAGAUGUCGAACAUAGACGCAAAGAUCCGUCCCACAGAGCUAUUCCAGUCUCUCAUGUCGGGAGCUAGCGAGAAACAUAUUGUCACCUCUGGGCUGGAGUACUCUAUGAUUAAUGCUUGUAAUAACGUGAAAAAAGCGGCAUCAAAACACAACCUGGGGCUCGACGUGCGCACAGCGGCCUACGUCACGGCCAUUGAGAAGAUCUUUGUUACAUACGACGAACAUGGGCUUGCUUUUUAAUUAGUUUUAAAUCAUCUAGUAGUAAAAAUAAUGUUUACAAUUAACAUAGUCAUAAUAUUCAAAUUGUAUUAUCUGUCAAGAAAAAAUGUUGCCAUGUGUUCUAUACUCAAUGUUGAUUUUGUCACGCUAAUCAGUAAUUCUUAAAUAUGUGUCUAUUUAUUGUUAUUAAAUAAAAAAAUGUUGUUAUUCGAAAUUUUGUGAUAUGUAAUACGACAGUAUAACGUCUUGUGGAAUUUGUUCUUUUAAUAUUGCCAUAAUAGGUGUAUUAAUCAUGAUGAAGAUGUUAUAAU